AUGCAGCCAACCAAGAAUAAUAUGGCCUACAAGAAGGUGGCUCAAAGCUUCCAGCUUCCACCUUUGCCACAUGCAAAGAUCCGGAACCCCGUUACCCAAAAAUCAAAUCUGAAUUGCAUGGUCAUGAUGGCCGGUUUGUUGAACUGUUGGGCAGCCAAUGGAGAGGGCUCUCAGGCCUGCGCUGCUUUGGAACUCGAGUUGAAGACAUGUAUGGAGCUUUCCGGAAAAGGAAAAGAGAACAAGACUUCCGUCAACUACCACACCAGCAGACUAUAUCCAAAGUUGAAGCUCAAACGUAACGAUUAA